GUGGGAGUGAAUCCUCCUGGGAUAAAGACAAGCUUCAGUCCCCCAUUACGACAGGAUCCCAGCACAGCAUUGGUCACCCCACACUGUCAGGGCAGUCAAGCCUUGGAAGUGCACACCCGCUCAGUCCUCUCCAGCAGAACCACCUGCUCACCAACAGGAUAGACCUGCCGUUCAUGAUGAUGCCUCACCCUCUGCUCCCCGUCAGCCUACCUCCCGCCUCCGUCGCCAUGGCCAUGAACCAGAUGAACCACCUCAACACCAUAGCCAACAUGGCUGCAGCAGCUCAGAUGCACAGUCCUCUCUCCAGGGCAGGGGCCUCUGUCAUCAAGGAAAGGAUUCAAGACAGCCCUUCUCCAGCCCCAUCUCUGGAGGACAGCCAGCGGCCGGGGAGCCACGCGUCCUCCCACCAGAGCAGCAGCGUGUCCAGCUCUCCGUCCCAGCUGGACAACACUCCAGACAGAAUUGCUAUGCUGACCAACAGCAGGGAAGGAGAACUCAUUGACCAAGAAACUGGGACCAGCCUAAAAAAAAUACCGAAGGAGAAAGAAGAGGUCCAAAUUGCCAUUCCAAUAAUGAAACCAACCCUAGAUAAAGUCCAACUGGCUGGACAGGCUUUGCCUCCUGGAUUCCCUGCGCCAUUUCUUUUUGCUGAUGGUCUUUCGUCAGUAGAAACACUAUUAACCAACAUUCAGGGCCUACUGAAAGUGGCUGUGGACAAUGCAAGAGUCCAGGAAAAGCAGAUACAGCAGGAAAAGAAGGAGUUAAAGAUGGAGCUUUGUAGAGAGCGAGAACUACGAGAGAGCUUGGAAAGGCAACUCACAGCUGAGCUGCAAAGCAGAGCAACAAUUCAAAAACGCUUGAAGAAAGAAAAGAAGGCAAAGAGAAAAUUGCAGGAGGCUUUGGAAUUCGAAUCCAAGAGGAGAGAACAAGUGGAACAGGCUCUUAAACAGGCCACAUCAGGUGACGGUCUCAGGAUGUUAAAUGAUGCUGGAAUCCCAGAAAUGGAAAUAGAACACAACGGGACCCAACAUGACAGUGCAGCAAUGCAAGAAAACAGAACAUACAUCAAACCAACCAUUAUGUACUGAAGGAACCACCUCGUGUUGAAAAAUGUACAAUGACCACUAUUUGAAGACUAUAUAGUUCCUGAGAAACGUCCCUUCCAACCUUUGAUGCCUUCAGUGCUGUGUGAGGAACAGGAUUUGUAGCAUGAAACUUGAAGGACAAUUUCAAGCAAUUUACUGUUGCUGCAUCGAAAACUGCCGUGUUAAAUGAUACUGAGACUUUGGACAAGCUUACCAUACCAAACCAAGCCUGUUGCAACAGAUCAUUUUUAGGUCCCCCUGGAGAUAGAAAGGAGUUUUAGUAUUUUUAAGCACACACAGGAAUUACUCCCCCUCCCCUCCCC